UCUGUGUUUGUGUGAAAAUUUUCAAUUGUAUUCGAAAAUUUUCCCUUCUUGAUUUUGAGGAGGGCAAAAAUAUAGAAAGAAAAUAUAGAUCACCAGGCAAAAAGGUGUGCUCUCUCUUCUGUGGCCAGCACCAACCAUCAGAAGAAAAACGAUUUUUCUCUACCAGAUGAAAAACUACUAGUCGAACAUUUUCCACAAAAUCAAAAACACACACAGUUUUUGCUUAAAAAUUAAAAAAAAAAUAUAUAAAAUACACAAAAAAAAGUUAACUAAAUUUUAGUUGUUUUUUAUUUUUAAUUAAAUUAAAUUUUAUGGAAAAUAUAUUUUAAAAGAAAAAUCGUUUUUCAUUUUGGUCAGAAAGAAAAAAAAAAUAUUAAAUUCACAUGAAACGACGGAAAACAGUGUUUUUAAAUUAAAAAAAAAAAAAAUGAAAAAUCUCGUGGAAACUAAACAAAAAGGAAAAUAAAUAAAAUUAAAAAAAAAAACAGCACAAAAGUGAUAAAAAAAAAUUAAAUAUUUUCUAUUUUAAACAAAAUAUAAGCCUUUUUAAACCAAACCAAAAACCAAUAACAACAAAACGAAAUUAAAAUACAAAAAAAAAAAGAAAAUCCCCAACAACAAAAAAACUAUCCCAAAUGAGUUGUUCUCCUUAAAUUACGCUUAACUCCAGCAAAAAAAAAAUAAGAAAUAAAAAAUAGUGUUGCUCUCUCUCAGCCCCAAAUGAUAAAAUGAUGAAAAAUGGAUGAAGAUGUCGUAUCACCAUCAUCAUCAUCUUCAUCGUUUACUACAUCAUCAUCAACAUCAUUGUCGAGGAGCUGCUGCUGCUGUUGUUGUCGUGGUCAUCAGCACCUGAUCAGCCCAUUCCGAGGAGCGUGAAGUUUCGUCGUCGUCGUUUAAGUACAACUUGUGUUUCUUCCGCCGGAAACAAAAUCUCUCGGGUGGCAGAAGCUGAAUCAGAAUCAGGCCCUGGCCGAGAUUCCAUCAGAUUUCAGUCCAGUCCGACAUCGCAGUCAAAAGGGGGGCAAAUAUAGUAUAGUAUAGUAUAGUGUACUGUGGCUGCUUAAAGCAUCAUCAUCAUAAUCGGGCAACAUUCAAAGCAGGCAGCAAAGUGUGGAAUCGUGGAAUCCAUACACGAAAUUAGCUUAAGCACAAAAUGGCGGAUGGUGGACACUCAUUUGGGAAGAAGACAUUUCAUAAGCCAACUUAUUGCCACCAUUGUUCGGAUUUGCUGUGGGGUUUAAUCGGACAAGGAUAUAUAUGCGAAGUUUGUAACUUCAUUAUCCACGAGAGAUGUGUAACGAGUGUUGUAACUCCAUGUUCUGGUAUUGCUCCAUGUAUUAUAAAGAAUCCUGUCGCCCAUUGCUGGUCCGAGCCAACACAUCACAAAAGAAAAUUUUGCACUGUUUGCCGAAAGCGUUUGGAUGAAACACCCGCAGUUCAUUGUUUAGUUUGCGAAUAUUUCGCCCAUAUUGAGUGCCAAGAUUUUGCUGUUCCCGAUUGCACAGAAAAUGCAACCUAUGUUCCUGGCAAGGAAUUAUUAAAUGUUAAACAUCAGCAUCACUGGCGAGAAGGAAAUCUUCCACCAACAUCAAAAUGCGCCUACUGCAAGAAAACUUGCUGGUCAUCGGAGUGCCUUACAGGCUACCGUUGCGAAUGGUGCGGAAUGACAACACACGGAGGAUGUCGCAUGUACCUGUCAACUGAAUGUAAUUUUGGAAUAUUGCAACCAAUCUAUUUGCCACCACAUUCUGUUUCAAUACCAAGAACAGAAGUUCCAAUCGAAGCUAUAAUUGGAGUGCAAGUCAAGUCGAAGAAUACAUUAGUUCGAGAUUAUUCUUGUCCGGAAUUAAGAACAAUAGGUUUAUGUGAGGCCACCACCGAUAGUGAUUUAUCAAUAAGACAAGAAUUGCAGCGAAAUCGAAAACGUCCCAAAACCAAUAAUUCGAAUUUUCAUCUACUUUUACAUUCGUCAGAUGCCAAGAAAAAAUCCUCAGCAAAUAACAAGAAAUCACGACACAAAAAAUCAACCAAUAAUGAUAAUGCUGCUGAUCCAAGUCUUUCAAGUGGUACCUCUCGAAGCUAUACGAAUAUAUUUCGAAAGAUCAAUGUGAUAACAAAUCCAAAAAGUUGGCAGAAACUGAAUCGCAACUCGAAUACGACUGAAGAUGAUAUCGAUGAUAUUGAUGAGGAGUACCACAAUGGAAAUGCUACUGCAACAGCAAUUGCAGCAGUAGCAUCCGGUUCCGCCGAUGAACUUGAUCCGGUGUUUAAUGAGAGUUUCUAUGAAACUUCAGAUACCGGCGGUGAUCUGACAGCGGACGACAUAGACUCUAGUACGAAUUUAGUUAGUAGUAAUAUAAGCUAUAAUAGUAGUAAUGCAUCGAUUGAUAAUCGAAAUAGCAACGACAAUAACUGGCAUGAUGCUCGUAGUGUGAAAUUACACGAUAGUGGAGUUGUUGGCAACUAUCUAUCGACGACCAAUUCCAGUGGCAGGCAAGGAGGAACGACAACUUCUAGCUACUCACCGAAUUCAAGUGAGUCUUCGUCGGUGGGACGAAGUAAGUCGUUUCAAGAACCUGGUCAUACAAAAGUACCGGCGAGUAAGCGAUAUGCUAGAUUCUUUACAAAACGAAAAACUUCCUCUAAUAAUGGUAGCAACAAUAAUAGCAAAAGUGAGUUCAAUCUAGACACGGUUUCGCAGAAUAUCGAGAUUACAAUUCAGGAUGAAGAUGGCAAUUAUCAGCCGUAUGAUGAUAAUUUCUAUGCGAUAAGUGAUAAUCAUCGAUUACAAAAUGGAUGUCAUGAUGGCAAGAUUGAUAAUGAACAUUUGUUCAGUCGAUUGAUGAAGAGGAUGCGGCGAAUAUCUUUUGGAUUGCGAAAACCACGACACAGAGAACGGAGAGCUCGAAGUAUAUCUGAAGAGUUUAGUAGUGGCGACGCACCUAAGUCAAAGGAAGAUGAAGCAUUCAGUAAAACUGAUCCAGCAGCAAGUGGCAGUGGUUCAACUGGUGGCGGUAGUGGCGUUGGACCCACACACUAUCGUGCUGACUCACAAACGCACAAAUCCGACAAGGAUAAAGAAAAGAAAGAAAAAGAAAGAGAAGAACGUGAUCAGGAAAUGAUAAAAGUGUUCGAUGGAAAUAGUUCCUUGAGACGGCAGCUUUACCGUGUCAUUACAAUUGCUAGGACAUGUACAUUACAACAUUUACUAACGACUUCAUUGAGAGCAUUUCACAUUACUAGGGAUCCAAGUGCAUUUUACCUAACCGAUUUAUAUGCCGCGGCUGGAAAUGAAGAUACCCCACUGGCUGAUCCAUCACCAGUACUUAACUUGAUACACCUGGAAGGCAAACGACCAGCUAUUUAUCUUCGGUUUCAUGAUAAGGAUAAUGGUUUUGUGCGUGUUUAUCCUGGCAAAUUGCAGUCAUCGCUCGAAGAUCCAUACGUUAGUGUUCCUGUAGAUAAUUCAACUACCAUUAAGGAUUUGAUCCGUGAUGCACUUGAUAAAUUCGGUUUGCAGGAUAAUCAAAUUCAAGAUUAUAGAUGUUCCGAGGUGCUAUUGGAUCGUGGUGUUUCUGAGAGAAUUCUCUCAUGGAACGAACGUCCAUGGGAUAUUAUGAAACAAUUAGGAAAUGACUCAAUACGACAAAUGGAAUUAAUGCGCUUUUAUAUGCAACACAAACAGGAUCCACAUGGACCAAAUAUUGCAUUGUUUGUUGGUAAUCUACCACCAGGAUUAUCACAAAGGAAUUAUGAACAAAUUUUGGGAAGAUACUUGACCGAAGAGAAUAAAUUUAUGACUAUUGGUCCGAUUUACUAUGAAUAUGGAUCGGUUGUGUUGACAUUUGAGGAUUCACAAAAAGCUGUUCGUGCAUUUUAUAACCUUCGGGAGACUGUUAUCGAAGAUAAGAAACUACUUGUAUUAUUACUUCCAAAUAUCGAACCAAGUAUGGUGCCAUCCGAUGUAAGACCCUUACUUGUGUUUGUUAAUGUAAAAUCAGGUGGAUGUCAAGGCUUGGAAUUGAUAUCGAGCUUUAGAAAAUUAUUGAAUCCUUACCAAGUAUUUGAUCUUGAUAAUGGUGGUCCAUUGCCAGGAUUAUAUGUAUUUCGACAAAUCAAACACUAUAAGAUUUUGGUUUGUGGAGGUGAUGGAACUAUUGGCUGGGUAUUGCAAUGCUUGGACAAUGUUGGUCAGGAUUCUGAAUGCUCAAGUCCACCUUGUGCAAUUGUACCAUUAGGAACAGGAAAUGAUUUAGCUCGUGUACUUUGCUGGGGCUCUGGCUACACGGGCGGUGAAGAUCCAUUAAAUUUACUGCGCGAUGUUAUUGAAGCCGAAGAAAUUCGUUUAGAUCGAUGGACCGUUGUGUUUCAUUCGGAUGAUAAGCCCGAUGAAACAGCGCUUAAAGCGCCCUCAAAUUCCACUGGUAAGAAGAAGAAGGCUCAUCAAGCACAUCUAUCGCAACAGCAUCAUCUAUUACUUGCCAGUGAUAUAUCAGGUGGCGGUGCACAAAGCGAAGAUAAUUCUCAAAUCUAUGUUAUGAAUAAUUAUUUUGGAAUUGGAUUGGAUGCUGAUCUUUGUUUAGAUUUCCAUAAUGCACGCGAAGAAAAUCCUAAUAAAUUUAAUUCACGAUUGCAUAAUAAAGGUUAUUAUGUUAAAAUGGGACUUCGAAAAAUUGUUGGUCGCAAAACGGUUAAGGAACUGCAUAAGGAAUUGCGUUUGGAAGUUGAUGGAAAAGUUGUUGAACUGCCACCAGUUGAAGGAAUAAUUAUUUUAAAUAUUUUAAGCUGGGGAAGUGGAGCUAAUCCAUGGGGACCGGACAAAGAUGAUCAAUUUACAACGCCAAAUCAUUAUGAUGGCUGCCUUGAGAUUGUAGGCGUUACUGGUGUUGUGCAUUUAGGUCAAAUACAGUCGGGUAUCCGAACAGCAAUGAGAAUAGCACAGGGUGGUCACAUUAAAAUACACAUACACUCCGAUAUGCCUGUUCAAGUCGAUGGUGAACCCUGGAUACAGCAACCCGGAGAGGUUGUUGUAUUGAAAUCGGCCCUCAAGGCGACCAUGCUUAAAAAGAACAAAAGCAAAAUGAAGCGUCGCAACACUGAACCAACAAUGGUCGUGGCUGGAACUGCUACACCACAAAUGUCACUGGCCAUACAACCAGCGGAGGAUAAUAAUUCGGAUCAAGCUAAUAAUACGGAUUUCUGAAUAUGGUAUAGCGAGCGACUAAUUUAACGACCUAUUAGAUAAUGAUUAAACAAAAAAAUUGAAAGCAAAACUAAAAUUUUUAAAUAAAAAAAAAAUAUAAGACCUAUUUUUUACACCAAACAAAACUAAAAUCAAACAAAAAAUAGAAAUCAAAAAAAUCCGCUUGGGGCGCUGUGGGAGCCACUUUGGAAAAUAUUCAUUAAUUGUUUUUGUUUUUCGUUACAUCAAAACGGCGCUUUCUGCGCUAAUUGGGUCAUCAAGCUAGGCUGCUUAUGAUCGCCAUCUCUACCUUUUGUUACAUCAGAGCUUUUCAAAAAACUUUAUUGAACAACAAAUGAAAUUCGCAAUUGAAAAUGAUCAAGCUUUUCAUUUCUUGUAUUAACAUUUCAGUGGCAAUUUUGCUGCUUAGAAUGAAGAAAGCUUUAAGUUAGCUUUUUUCAAGCUGGGUGUAUCCUUUAAUCAGUAUUUUAAUAUAUUCAAACUAAUUUAUAGUAAAAUCAAAAACAAACAAGAAGAAACUUCACGUAAAAAAAGCUUUUUUUAAAGCUUUGUCAUAAAAUUGAGUUUAUGCAUCAGGAAAAAUUAUACUUUACUAGUUCCAACAUAAAAUGAAAAGCCAAAAUUGCUUAAAUUGAAAAUAUAACAUCCUGAUAACUCUCUAUGAACUCUAAAAGAGCUUUCCUAAAAGCUUUGUUUGAUAAAACAUUAACAAUUUGUGCAUAAGUCUUUUAAUGCAAUUGAAGCUUAAGAUAAUAAAAAAAGCUUUAGGUAAGAUUUGAAAUUUUUUUGAAGUUCUUGUCUCCUUUAAUCAGUAUUAUAAAACGUAAACUGUUCGAUAAAGAUAUCAAAACUAAGAAAAGAAAAGUUAAUUGAUUCAAUUCAAGAUAAUAGACCUUCAAAAGUUUAUUAUUAUAUAUAAAUACCAAAAAUAACGAGAAGUAACUUCGUGUGAAAGAAAACUUUUUAAGGCUUUUCAGAACUAGCAUUAAUUUCAACAAGAAAUGAAGAGCUUUUUAAAAGCUCAGGCUUAGAAUUGAGGUAAGGUAAUUAAGUCCUUAAAAGUUUCUUAUGAACAUUGGCUAAGAACAUUCUUAGAGAAUCAUUAAGAUCAAUUUUGGACAUAUACAAGCUUUUGAAACUUUUCGAAAACGAAAAACAAAACUCUCGAUGCAUAUUUUUUCUUAUUCUUCUAUUGUGCCCAUUUUAUACCAAAAAAUAUAUUAAAAACAAACAAAUAAAUGAUAAAAAUUAUAAUUCAACAUAAAAAAUAUAACAAAAAAAAAAAAAAAAAAUACAUCGGCAUAAGAAAUGAGAAGAAAAUUAUUAAUUUUAUUUUAAAUAUUAUUCCCAUAUGAUAUAUUUUUUUUCCAAUUGCUCCAAAAUCCAAAAACAUACAAAUUUUUUAUUUUAGACCGUUAAAAUAGUUGCUCUCUAUUGUAUUUAAAUAACAAAACUAAAAAAAAAAACUAAGAAAAAAACUAGAACAAAAAUUAACAUAUUUUUUCUUAAUUUUAAAUUUAAAAGUCAAAAUAUACAGACAUAAACUAUUUUUUUAAUUUAAAUUUAAUUUUUUUCUAUAUUGCACAAAAUUAUCAUUUUUUUUUUUUCAAAAAAAUAUACCUAUUUGUAAAAAUAAUAGUUGUAAAAUCAAAAUCUAAUCAAUUCCACCGAAAGCAAAAUAAGUGUAUAAAUAAAUAAAAAAAAAUAUAUAGCAAAAAUAAAAAAAAAAUAAA